UUUUGAAAUCAGUCGCUUCGUUGUGCGACGGAAAGGGAACUUUGCUAUCUUUUGUUUUUGCCACAGAAAGUUGACCACCAAUAAGCUAAGUUUUAUUUUGCUGUAAGAAAGGUGUUAUGGUUUUAAUAUCCCUGGAGGAGCAACUGAUCAUAGAUAUACGGUGAACAUUAUGUUGAGGAAAGUGACGUAUAUCGUGUGUAUCACUCUGGUGCUAUUCGCUAUGUGUUGGACUCACAAAGCCAGACAUGAAGACCAUCUUUUUAGGGAAGAACACAGCCCAGAACAUGAUGUGAAUGUUCUUCUUGGAAAAGAGAAAAAAGAAGAGGUGACAAAGCUUAGCCCAGCUGAACAGAGAAAGAAGCUGGUAGAAAUUGUGAAGAAGAUCGACACAAAUUCAGAUAUGCAUUUGACUGCAGAUGAGGUCACACUGUGGAUACAGAAGGUGUACAGGCAGUAUGCCUUGGAAGAUGCUGAGGAGAGGUUCCCAGAGUUUGACACCAACGGAGAUGGCCUUGUCUCGUGGGAUGAAUACAACAGAUUUGUGCAUGAUAAUCCCAUUGAUUUUGACGAAACGAAAAUUCCAGAAGACCCCGAAGAGGAGUCUCUGAGAUUUCUUCAUUUAAAGGAGAAGAAGCGCUUUGACCAUGCUGAUUCGGAUGGUAUACCAGGGCUGAACCUCACUGAGUUCCUGGCUUUCACCCAUCCAUCUGAAGUGGACCACAUGGCAGAUUAUACUAUUGAGGAUGUACUACAUGAAUAUGACAAGGAUAGAAAUGGAUUAAUCAGUCUAGAGGAAUUCCUCGGAGAUAUCCGCACGAAUGCCGACGAUAAACCCUCACAGUGGGAGCUUGACGAAAGCAUUCGGUUUAAGGAGCUGUAUGACCAGGACAAGGACGGUCAGCUAAACCGUGAGGAGCAGCUGCGCUGGGUAGCGCCCAACAGCUACGUUUCCGCCAGAGAAGAGGCCGUGCAUCUGAUCAAGGAGAUGGAUCAGAAUGGUGAUGAGAUGCUGUCCCAGGCGGAGAUCCUGGAUAAUCAGCAGACCUUCAUGAACAGUGAAGUUACCGAUUAUGGCAGACAGCUUCAUGCGGCACACGACGAGCUAUAGUGUGGAAAUUUCAUUCCCAAAAGAAGCAAAAAAUCGUCUAGUGGCCUAUCUUGAUUGUUGUCAUAACAUAAAAGGCUUUAGCGUUAAACCAUUUAACAUCAAACUAAAUGAUGCAGAAGUAUGACUGAGAUCCCCGGGAGUCAUGGGUAAUUUUUUUAUACAGGUUUGUAUCUGUUACUGCCAUGGAUCAAAUUAACUGCAUUUAAAGGUAGAUCCCCCCCCCCCCCCCCCCCCCACAAGUGAUGUUAGGAGCAAUUCCAUGGAUGUCUGGCAUGCUGAAACCCGGCCUCUGACAUCACCACAACAUAUUUAUAUAUUUUAGUGUCUUACAAUGUGUAAAACAUGUGUAUAUCCUCAUGUUCUGCCUGUAUUUAUAAUGAUGGUUGGUGUAGGUGAUAAUUACAUUAAAAUAUCAGGCCUCUUCUAA